AUGGCUAGAACCAAGCAGACUGCCCGUAAGUCCACUGGUGGCAAGGCUCCCCGUAAGCAGCUCGCCUCCAAGGCCGCCCGUAAGGCUGCUCCCUCUACCGGUGGUGUCAAGAAGCCUCACCGCUACAAGCCUGGUACUGUCGCUCUGCGUGAAAUCCGUCGCUACCAGAAGUCGACUGAGCUCCUGAUCCGCAAGCUGCCUUUCCAGCGUCUGGUCCGUGAAAUUGCUCAGGAUUUCAAGUCCGACCUCCGCUUCCAGUCCUCUGCCAUCGGUGCUCUUCAGGAGUCCGUUGAGGCCUACCUCGUCUCCCUCUUCGAGGACACCAACCUGUGCGCCAUCCACGCCAAGCGUGUCACCAUCCAGUCCAAGGACAUCCAGCUCGCCCGUCGUCUUCGUGGUGAGCGCUCUUAG